AUGGCCGACAACGAGCUGAAGUGGAAGAUCCCCAAGAAGCGCGAGUUCCUCGGCGGUGACCUGGUCGCCCAAAGUCUGGCCCAACUGGGCGUCGACGUCUCGUUUGGUCUUCACGGUGGCCACCUCGACGCCUUCCUCGUCGGUUGCGAGUUGGCUGGCAUCAGACUCGUCGACACGCGGCACGAAGCCCCGGCCGUCCAAGCAGCAGAAUCAUACGCGAAGUUGUCAGGAAAGGUAGGAUGCUGCUUCGUCACAGCCAACAGCGGGUUCUGCAACUCCCUCCCCGGCCUCGCCACAGCAUUUGCCGACCGCUCGCCAAUCCUCAUGGUGACAUCGUCGCCGCCGCUCCGAGACGCCGAGACGAACUGCCUCCAGGGCUUCCACGACCAAGUCGUGCUGGCCAAGCCCAUCACCAAGUUCGCCCACCGCGUGACCAACGUGGAGGAAAUCCCCCGGAUCGUCAGCUACGCGUACAAGACGGCCGCGUCGGGCAUUCCGGGUCCCGUGGUCCUCGACUUCCCGAUCGACGUGUUAUUCCACCCGCCCCGGAUGGCCGCGCUGUCGUUCGGGAGCGUCAUGAAGCAGACCGCCGUCUCGCCGGGCCCGGACCCAGCCGCUCUCGACGAACUGAUCUCGCUGUGGAGCGCGGCGAAGCGGCCAGCCAUCAUAACCGGGACCGGCGCAGCGAGGACGACCAGCCGCGACUCACCGGGGCAGAGUCCCCUCCUCCGGCUCGCCCACGCGACGCACACGCCGGUAUUCUACUCGCAGAAGUACAGUCCGGCCAUCCCCUACGACAGCCCUCUCCGCGGCGGCAGCGCCAGCCUCCUGGCCUACCUGCCCUACAUCCAGAAGCAGCAACCGGACUUCAUCCUCCUGCUCGGCGCACGGACGGGGUUCCUCCUGGGCGGACGAUCGGGCGCCCUGAUCCCCAGCACGGGCUGCACGCUCGUGCAAGUGGACCUGGACGGCGGCGAGAUCGGCAAAUCGCACGCCGUCGAUUUGGGCAUCGUGGCGGACUGUUCAAAGCUCAUCGCCGCGCUCCUCGCGAAACUCGACUCGCAUACUGGUACAGCGACGAGUACGAUCCCCAUCCCCACCCACGACGCCUGGCUCUCCGACAUCCACACGGUCAAGACGCUCCCGUCGAAAUACGACGCCGACGACGCCGUCCGCCCCGACGGCCGCCUACACCCAUACCUGGCGAUGCGAGCCAUCAUGACGUCGCUCCCGCACGACGCCAUCAUCAUCAUCGACGGCGGCGAGUGCGGCGUCUGGGCGGGCUCGCUGCUCGAGCUCGCCCGUCCGGCCACCGCGAUCGUCUCGACCGGCUACCUCGGCUUCCUGGGCAACGGGUGGGGUUACUCGCUGGGCGCGGCGCUGGCGUGCCCGGACCGCCUCGUGGUCAACAUCCACGGCGACGGGUCCGCGGGGUUCCACAUCCAGGAACUCGACACGUACGCGCGGCACGCGCUCAACGUGCUCACCGUCGUCUUCAACAACAACUUCUGGGGCAUGUCCGUGGCCGGGCAGGAUCUCAUGUACGACACGGCCGAGGGCGCCAGGCCCGUCGUCCAGUUGUCCGGGUCGUGUCGCUACGACGUCGUGGCCAAGGGGUUCAACAAUCGCGCCGUCCUCGCCAGUGGCUCCCUUCCGGAUGUCGAGACCGCCGUGCGAGAUAUGGCGGGUGCGGGUGCGGGAGCAAACGCACCACCGGGCCCAGCGCUGAUCAACGUCCUCGUCAGUCGUGAGCCCGUCACGGACGUCACCAAGGGCAUGGUCGGCAAGACGGACGACAAGGACUGGAUCGUCGUGCCGUAUUAUGACAACGUGCCGCGGCCGUAUUAUCGCGAGGACUUGGUCCGGAAAGGCGAGGCCGUCGCGAAUGGGUCAUAG